GGUACUCUGCACGCCAAGUUCUGCGUCGUGGAUCGCAGGAUCGCUGCCGUUAUGAGUAACAACACGGAAGACAACGAUAACCUGGAGAUGAUGGUCCAUGUUGAGGGACCUAUAGUCGAUAGCAUAUACGACACUGCUCUAAUAACCUGGCAAAAUGCUCUUUACCCAGAGCUUCCAUUUCUCCAAGCACCGGCAACUGAGGGCGGAUUGCAUGCCUCUGCCGAUGAUUCCACGUCGACGGAAAUCGAAGCAUCACAUCUACGAGACUUCACCACCAUGCAAGCUGAUAAUGAGAAACCACUACCGGAGCACUUCCCAGACCGCCCUCACUACGAUGAUGAUAUAGAAGGAGAGGUCAGGCGCAUGCAGUCAUGCUACGCCCUGAAAGAGGGUGAAUCGCGUCUUCAAGCAGCAAAUCGCCAGCUCAACCUUGCAGUCGAGCACCCAAUCGCGCCUACGGGGCCUGAGAUUGAUACAGGAGACGAAAUGACUCCAUACAUCUCGACGAUUGGUGAUGGAAAGCCAGUUCCUAUGGCUCUCGUAUCUCGACCGCCAUACGGAGCUAUCGACUCAAAAAGCGUCCAUGUGCCCCAGAACGAAGCAUGGUUGUCGUUGAUCAGGAAUGCAAAACACAACAUCUUCAUCCAGACGCCAGAUCUCAAUGCUGCCCCGUUGAUUCCAGCCCUCACAGAAGCACUGAAGAGAGGGGUAGAAGUCACAUACUAUGUGUGUUUUGGCUACAACGAUCCAGGAGAAAUGAUCCCCGGGCAAGGCGGAACAAACGACCAAAUCGCACAAAAUCUCGUCUCAUCCCUUACCAAAGAUAGCCCUGAGCGCAAACUCUUACACAUAUACAACUACGUCGGAAAGGACCAAGACCAUCCCAUACAUCACUCCUUCAAAGCUCGAUCCUGCCAUAUUAAGCUUCUGAUCGUGGAUGGCAGUGUCGGAAUUCAAGGAAGUGGUAAUCAAGAUACUCAGUCGUGGUUUCACAGUCAAGAGAUUAAUCUUAUGGUUGAUAGUGCGGAGAUAUGUCAGAAAUGGAGGGAAUGUAUUGAUAGGAACCAGAACACGAAAAGGUUUGGCAAAGUUGCUGAAGAUGGCAUUUGGAGGGAUGCUGAUGGGAAGCCUGGAAAAGGGUACAUGGGCAAUCCAGGGACUGUUAUGGGUUUGGUUAAAGGUGUUUAUGGUAUGAUCAUGAAGAUGAAAGGUGCAGGGGGCUUUUAGUAAAUAUGUAAUGAGAAUACAAUAUUAAAUAAAAAAGGAAAACCUAUUGAAAUAUGCC